GCAGAGCUGGAUUGCAAAGAGGCACCAGGAAACUUCGGGCAAGCCCAUCACCUUAGUGGUAAGGAGCUCCUGCAUGCACAUACAUGUCAAAAUAUAUUCUAAACAUGGAGCUUACUGUGAGCCAAAUAUAUCUCAAGCAAGCUACUGUAAAAUGCAUGUGGUGGGCACAUUCUGCCACAGUCUGUGCUGGGCUGUGUUAGAAAACUGUAAAUGCACUUUCCCUUUAGUCUCUACAAUAAAGCUAUCAGUUUGGUGCCAUGAUUGAUUGCUCCCUCCUAGUGACAGAACACUGAGGUUUGGACAGGUUGUCACCCUCCACUGCUUAGUUAAAGCGGGUGCUAUUCCGUGUCAACUGAAUUUGCGUUAGAGAGACAGCGCCAGGAGUCCUCCUCGCUCAAGCUCCUUAGGCGUGUGGAAGCAGUGCAAAGGCUCGUGUCAGCUUCACAGAUCUACCCACGGAGUUUGGAGAAGAGCUGACCUGUCCUGGACUCAGCAUAACUAACGAAGCUGCUGCAGGAUGAGAAGAUGGCAGCGCGGCUGCUCGCACCACCAGGCCCUGACAGUUUCAAGCCUUUCACCCCUGAGUCGCUGGCAAACAUCGAGAGGCGCAUUGCUGAGAGCAAGCUCAAGAAACCACCGAAGGCGGAUGGCAGCCACCGGGAGGAUGAUGAAGACAGCAAGCCGAAGCCAAACAGUGACCUGGAGGCGGGGAAGAGUUUGCCUUUCAUCUACGGGGACAUCCCGCAAGGCCUGGUUGCCGUUCCCCUGGAGGACUUUGACCCGUACUAUUUGACGCAGAAAACCUUUGUAGUAUUAAACAGAGGGAAAACUCUCUUCAGAUUUAGUGCCACGCCUGCCUUGUACAUUUUAAGUCCUUUUAACCUGAUAAGAAGAAUAGCUAUUAAAAUUUUGAUACAUUCAGUCUUCAGCAUGAUCAUCAUGUGCACCAUCUUGACCAACUGUGUGUUCAUGACUUUUAGUAACCCUCCCGAGUGGUCCAAGAAUGUGGAGUACACAUUCACAGGGAUUUACACAUUUGAAUCACUAGUGAAAAUCAUCGCAAGAGGCUUCUGCAUAGACGGCUUCACCUUCUUACGAGACCCGUGGAACUGGUUAGACUUCAGUGUCAUCAUGAUGGCAUACGUGACAGAGUUUGUGGACCUGGGCAAUGUCUCAGCGCUGAGAACAUUCAGGGUUCUCCGAGCUUUGAAAACUAUCUCUGUAAUUCCAGGCCUGAAGACAAUUGUGGGCGCCCUCAUCCAGUCUGUGAAGAAGCUGUCAGACGUGAUGAUCCUGACGGUGUUCUGCCUGAGUGUUUUCGCCCUGAUUGGCCUGCAGCUCUUCAUGGGGAACCUUCGAAACAAGUGUGUCGUGUGGCCCAUAAACUUCAACGAGAGCUAUCUCGAGAAUGGCACCAGAGGCUUUGACUGGGAAGAGUAUAUCAACAAUAAAACGAACUUUUACACCGUCCCUGGCAUGCUAGAACCCUUGCUCUGCGGAAACAGUUCUGACGCCGGGCAAUGCCCAGAGGGAUACCAGUGCAUGAAAGCAGGAAGGAACCCCAACUAUGGUUACACCAGCUUUGACACCUUCAGCUGGGCCUUCUUGGCAUUAUUUCGCCUUAUGACCCAGGACUAUUGGGAGAACUUAUACCAGCUGACUUUACGAGCAGCUGGGAAAACGUACAUGAUCUUCUUUGUCUUGGUCAUCUUCGUGGGUUCCUUCUAUUUGGUGAACUUGAUCUUGGCUGUGGUGGCCAUGGCUUAUGAAGAGCAGAACCAGGCAACGCUGGAGGAGGCGGAGCAAAAGGAGGCAGAGUUCAAGGCCAUGCUGGAGCAGCUCAAGAAGCAGCAGGAAGAGGCACAGGCUGCUGCAAUGGCCACUUCAGCAGGCACUGUCUCAGAAGAUGCCAUUGAAGAAGAAGGGGAAGAUGGGGUAGGCUCUCCACGGAGCUCAUCGGAACUGUCAAAACUCAGUUCCAAGAGCGCGAAGGAGAGGCGGAACCGGCGGAAGAAGAAGAAGCAGAAGGAGCUCUCUGAAGGGGAGGAGAAAGGGGACCCCGAGAAGGUGUUUAAGUCAGAGUCGGAAGAUGGCAUGAGAAGGAAGGCCUUCCGGCUGCCAGACAACAGAAUAGGGAGGAAAUUUUCCAUCAUGAAUCAGUCGCUGCUCAGCAUCCCAGGCUCACCCUUCCUCUCCCGACACAACAGCAAAAGCAGCAUCUUCAGCUUCCGGGGCCCCGGGCGGUUCCGGGACCCGGGCUCGGAAAACGAGUUCGCAGACGACGAGCACAGCACGGUGGAGGAGAGCGAGGGCCGGCGAGACUCGCUCUUCAUCCCGAUCCGCGCCCGCGAGCGCCGCAGCAGCUACAGCGGCUACAGCGGCUACAGCCAGUGCAGCCGCUCCUCGCGCAUCUUCCCCAGCCUGCGGCGCAGCGUGAAGCGCAACAGCACCGUGGACUGCAACGGCGUGGUGUCGCUCAUCGGGCCAGGCUCACACAUCGGGCGGCUCCUGCCUGAGGUGAAAAUAGAUAAGGCAGCUACGGACAGUGCAACAACUGAGGUAGAGAUUAAGAAGAAAGGCCCUGGCUCGCUCUUAGUUUCCAUGGACCAACUUGCCUCCUACGGACGGAAGGACAGGAUCAACAGCAUAAUGAGCGUUGUCACGAACACGCUGGUGGAAGAGCUGGAAGAGUCUCAGAGAAAGUGCCCACCGUGUUGGUAUAAGUUUGCCAACACUUUCCUCAUCUGGGAGUGUCACCCCUACUGGAUAAAACUGAAGGAGAUCGUGAACUUGAUCGUCAUGGACCCUUUCGUAGACUUAGCCAUAACCAUCUGCAUUGUUCUGAAUACACUAUUUAUGGCAAUGGAACACCACCCCAUGACACCACAAUUCGAACACGUCUUGGCCGUAGGAAACCUGGUGUUCACUGGGAUCUUCACGGCGGAGAUGUUCCUGAAACUCAUCGCCAUGGACCCCUACUAUUAUUUCCAGGAAGGCUGGAACAUCUUUGACGGAUUCAUUGUCUCCCUCAGUUUAAUGGAGCUGGGUCUCGCAGACGUGGAGGGGCUCUCAGUACUGCGGUCUUUCCGACUGCUCCGAGUCUUCAAAUUGGCCAAGUCCUGGCCCACCCUAAACAUGCUGAUCAAGAUCAUCGGGAACUCGGUCGGCGCCCUGGGCAACCUGACCCUGGUGCUGGCCAUCAUUGUCUUCAUCUUCGCCGUGGUGGGCAUGCAGCUCUUUGGAAAGAGCUACAAGGAGUGUGUCUGUAAGAUCAACCAGGAAUGCAAGCUCCCUCGCUGGCACAUGCACGACUUCUUCCACUCCUUCCUCAUCGUCUUCCGAGUGCUGUGUGGGGAGUGGAUCGAGACCAUGUGGGACUGCAUGGAGGUGGCCGGCCAGGCCAUGUGCCUCAUCGUCUUCAUGAUGGUCAUGGUCAUCGGCAACCUGGUGGUGCUGAACCUAUUUCUGGCCUUGCUUCUGAGCUCCUUCAGCGCAGACAACCUGGCGGCCACAGACGACGACGGGGAAAUGAACAACCUGCAGAUCUCCGUGAUCCGGAUCAAGAAGGGCGUGGCCUGGACCAAAUUAAAGGUGCACGCCUUCAUGCAGGCACACUUCAAGCAACGGGAGGCGGAUGAAGUGAAACCUCUAGAUGAGCUGUACGAGAAGAAGGCCAACUGCAUCGCCAACCACACCGGCGUGGAUAUCCACCGGAACGGCGACUUCCAGAAGAACGGGAACGGAACCACCAGCGGCAUCGGCAGCAGCGUGGAGAAGUACAUCAUCGACGAGGACCACAUGUCCUUCAUUAACAACCCAAACUUGACCGUCCGGGUCCCCAUUGCUGUGGGCGAGUCUGAUUUUGAGAACCUCAACACAGAGGAUGUUAGCAGCGAAUCAGACCCUGAAGGCAGCAAAGAUAAACUGGACGAUACCAGCUCCUCAGAAGGAAGUACCAUCGACAUCAAGCCUGAGGUGGAAGAAGUCCCUGUGGAGCAGCCUGAGGAAUACUUGGAUCCAGAUGCCUGCUUCACAGAGGGUUGUGUCCAGCGGUUCAAGUGCUGCCAGGUCAACAUCGAGGAAGGACUAGGCAAGUCAUGGUGGAUCCUGCGGAAAACCUGCUUCCUCAUUGUGGAGCACAACUGGUUUGAGACCUUCAUCAUCUUCAUGAUUCUGCUCAGCAGUGGCGCCCUGGCCUUUGAGGACAUCUACAUCGAGCAGAGGAAGACCAUCCGUACCAUCCUGGAGUACGCAGACAAGGUCUUCACCUACAUCUUCAUCCUGGAGAUGUUGCUCAAAUGGACAGCCUACGGCUUCGUCAAGUUCUUCACCAACGCCUGGUGCUGGUUGGACUUCCUCAUUGUGGCUGUCUCUUUAGUCAGCCUUAUAGCUAAUGCCCUGGGCUACUCGGAACUAGGUGCCAUAAAGUCCCUUAGGACCUUAAGAGCUUUGAGACCUUUAAGAGCCUUAUCACGAUUUGAAGGGAUGAGGGUGGUGGUGAACGCCUUGGUGGGCGCCAUCCCCUCCAUCAUGAACGUGCUGCUGGUGUGUCUCAUCUUCUGGCUGAUUUUCAGCAUCAUGGGAGUUAACCUGUUUGCUGGGAAAUACCACUACUGCUUUAAUGAGACCUCUGAAGAACGGUUCGAAAUAGAUUUUGUCAACAAUAAAACCGACUGUGAGAAGCUCAUGGAGGGCAACAACACAGAGAUCCGAUGGAAAAAUGUCAAGAUCAACUUCGACAAUGUCGGAGCAGGGUACCUGGCCCUUCUUCAAGUGGCAACCUUCAAAGGUUGGAUGGACAUCAUGUAUGCAGCUGUAGAUUCCCGAAAGCCUGACGAGCAGCCGGACUACGAGGGCAACAUCUACAUGUACAUCUACUUUGUCAUCUUCAUCAUCUUCGGCUCCUUCUUCACCCUCAACCUGUUCAUUGGUGUCAUCAUUGACAACUUCAAUCAACAGAAGAAAAAGUUUGGAGGCCAGGACAUCUUCAUGACAGAGGAACAAAAGAAAUACUACAAUGCCAUGAAGAAGUUGGGCUCCAAGAAGCCGCAGAAGCCCAUCCCCCGGCCCUUGAACAAAAUCCAAGGGAUUGUCUUUGAUUUCGUCACUCAGCAAGCCUUUGACAUCGUCAUCAUGAUGCUUAUCUGCCUUAACAUGGUGACAAUGAUGGUGGAGACAGACACGCAGAGCAAGCAGAUGGAGAACAUUCUCUACUGGAUUAAUCUGGUCUUCGUCAUCUUCUUCACCUGCGAGUGUGUGCUCAAAAUGUUUGCCUUGCGACACUACUAUUUCACCAUUGGCUGGAACAUCUUUGACUUUGUAGUGGUCAUCCUCUCCAUUGUGGGAAUGUUCCUGGCUGACAUCAUCGAGAAAUACUUCGUCUCCCCGACCCUAUUCCGAGUCAUCCGGUUGGCCCGCAUCGGGCGCAUCUUGCGGCUGAUCAAGGGCGCCAAAGGGAUCCGCACCCUGCUUUUUGCCUUAAUGAUGUCGCUGCCCGCCCUGUUCAACAUCGGCCUCCUGCUCUUCCUCGUCAUGUUCAUCUUCUCCAUCUUUGGGAUGUCCAACUUCGCAUACGUGAAGCACGAGGCCGGCAUUGACGACAUGUUCAACUUCGAGACAUUCGGCAACAGCAUGAUCUGCCUGUUCCAGAUCACGACCUCCGCAGGCUGGGACGGCCUGCUGCUGCCCAUCCUCAACCGGCCCCCUGACUGCAGCUUGGACAAGGAGCACCCAGGGAGUGGCUUCAAAGGGGACUGCGGGAACCCUUCAGUGGGCAUCUUCUUCUUUGUCAGCUACAUCAUCAUCUCCUUCCUCAUCGUGGUGAACAUGUACAUCGCCAUCAUCCUUGAGAACUUCAGCGUGGCCACGGAGGAGAGCGCCGAUCCUCUGAGUGAGGACGACUUCGAGACUUUCUAUGAGAUCUGGGAGAAGUUCGACCCCGAUGCCACCCAGUUCAUCGAGUACUGUAAGCUGGCAGACUUUGCCGAUGCCCUGGAGCAUCCGCUCCGAGUACCCAAGCCCAACACCAUCGAGCUCAUCGCCAUGGACCUGCCCAUGGUGAGCGGAGAUCGCAUCCACUGCUUGGACAUCCUUUUUGCCUUCACCAAGCGAGUCCUGGGAGACAGUGGGGAGCUGGACAUCCUACGGCAGCAGAUGGAGGAGCGGUUCGUGGCAUCCAAUCCUUCCAAAGUGUCUUACGAGCCUAUCACAACCACUCUGCGGCGCAAGCAGGAAGAGGUGUCCGCCGUGGUCCUGCAGCGUGCCUACAGGGGACACUUGGCUAGGCGGGGCUUCAUCUGCCGAAAGGUCACUUCCAACAAGCUGGAGAAUGGAGGCACACACCGGGAGAAGAAGGAGAGCACCCCGUCCACAGCCUCCCUUCCCUCCUAUGACAGCGUAACAAAACCUGACAAGGAGAAGCAGCAGCGUGCGGAGGAAGGCAGAAGGGAAAGAGCCAAGAGGCAAAAAGAGGUCAGGGAGUCCAAGUGCUAGAGGAGGGGGAAGGGAAGCUUACGCUGGCUGAACACGGGCAAGUGAAGGCUUGUUUACAAACUUCCGACUCUCACGGAUGCAGAGCAGCUGUGGAGACCUACACCAAACAUAGUCUGCUUACACAUGACAUGGUUGCAUCCUGAGCGGUGACCUGCUAGGGACAAAAGACCCUGCUCCCUGGACUCACAGAUUUUCUAUCGCUUGGGCAGAUGGUUACUGCAUGUUCCACACUCAGUCAAUGCAACUUAGAACUAAAUUAACAGGAUACAAAACAGAGGCGCUGCCGGGACCAGCAGAUUGCCGCUGCAGCCAAAUGGAUUUUAUUUUUUCAUUUUGUUGAUUCUCAGAAGCAGAAAGCAUCACUUUAAAAGUUUGUUUGUUCAUGCAAACAAUAUUUGCAUUCUUACAUUAGUUAAGCUAAGCAGCAAAAAGAAACACACAUGCGCACACACACACACAAACACACACACAUACACAUUCAGCCUACGUCACUAAUCGUCUGUUUCUUUAACAUAACAGCAUCUUCUCCACACGGGCGGCACGUGGUUUGGAGACAGGUGGGGGAGACAAUCAGGGUUUCAGGCUGAGGAGGACUUGCUCAGGCCAGUUCCAAAUAUCGUGCUCGUUCAAUGCGUAGAAAUGACUUGCAUGAUGGCAUGCUGCGUUCAGAAGUCAUGCAUGAGAUCCAUACACCACAAGACACUAGUAAUCCUGUCCCCCGCAUUGGCUCAGCCUCCGGACAGGACCCAGCCCUGCACCGUUCACUGUAUUUGGAGAAAUGGUAAGAGUUCCAUUCCGGCUGCAAUCCUCUCAGUGUAGAAGUCUUUCAUACACCUCUGGGUAGGGAGACAUAAUUAACCAAUUGACCACUACCAACAAAAACAACCCAACCAAACAAGCAGAUGGAUCCGCUGCGUGUACAUGUUUGACAAGACAUCUCUAACAUACAGCCAUUGUUGCACAUUUUGCUGCUCUGUCCAAUACAUGGGGAGACUUUGACCCCGAAUGGCUUGUACUAUUAAUGUCACUGUAAAACCAAAUCCUAGGGCUAAAAUAAUAAUAAUAGGAAAAGAGUUCAUUUGUAUCUUGCAAUAUUCUGAUGAUUGUUUAGCCUUCAUACUGGAGAACUGACACCUGGGGUAGAGAUAAAAGUGCUAUUUAUCAUAGCAUGUUACCUCUGGGGGGCCUUUGGGGGACUUACAGAAACCUUUUGGGGGGUUUGGGGUGCUUACUGCAUUCAGUGUCAUGUCUGUCUGCUUUUCUCCAGGCUCAGGUAGAUAUGGAAAGGGGUUCAGAUAUUCUGAACUGCCCUGUCCUGCAGAGGGGUUGUCACAAGCUCCUGGCUGCAUGGUUCUUCCUGCUUCCACCAUAUCCUCCCAGCCAGCAGGGCUUCCCUUCCCAGCAGCUCAGAGCUGGUGAGGACAGCAAUGUUGGCUGGGAUAUGGCUGUGGGCUCUUCCACUUGUGAUUAGAAUAAUGGUCUCUAGCAUGAACCUGAUGGAGAGAUAGAGCUGCCUCUGGACCGAGCCCACUUGGUCUUGUUUCUACGAUGGCUUUUGUGAGAAAGGACUUGGUAGUAAUUCUUUAGGGUGUCACAGCUUCCCUUGACCUUUCCUUUCAGCCCACCUCGCUUUCUGCUUAGUAGCCUGCCCGCUGUUGUUGGGGGAUGGCUUCCGAAGGGGCACCAUAUCUUCCAUUCCAUCCCCUGCUUUACAGAAGACAGUCCUUAGUCCACGGUGUCUCACCUGACCACACGGUCUCAAAGAGGAGAUGCUGCACUUGAAAGUCAGAUGGUCUCUCUAAACCAAAUCAACAUAGACCUUUCUUGAGCAUAGUGUGGAGGGAAGUAAGCAGCCCAUCAUACCCACCAGUCCGCCUUGCAGUAGAAGCACUUUGGAUGUAACCUCACGGUCCACCUGACUAGUUUUGCAUAGAACAAACCACAGCCAAUCAGUGAGCAGAGCUUUCUAUUGUCUUGGAUGGAUAGACACUGUCCAACUCUCCCAGCUCAGGGGGUGUGUCCGUCUGUGUCACCGCAGCCAGGACGAGUCUAGAGCACCACCUGCAGGCAAUGUCGCAAACAGCACAAAACAGGAGCUGACCUGUGGUUAUUCUUUUUAAGAGAAUUAUAAAUACUGUAAUAUAUAAUUUUAUUUUAUUGGCAUGCCUUUUUGUAAAUACAAAUUACUAACUUAUUAAAUAGGAAAUGGCUUCUGGCUUAUGCCAUUGUCAUGGUUAUUUUUAUUUUUUAUACUUUCCUUUCUUCUUAGAAUUUAGAAGCUGUCAGCCAAUGUAUACCCCUAACCAGAAAGACAGACAAAAAAUUUUUUAUUGCUAAUGGUCUUUUCCAAAACGACAAAAUAUAUAUAUAUAUAUAUAUUUUUGUUCCAAUGUGCAAUAAAUUCUAACCACUUCUAUGCAAGAUUUGGCUAAACUUAAUCAUUGUUCUUAGAUCUUGAGAUGGGCAACAGCUGUUUGAUCCUGCUAGGAACACCAAGCACCAUGCUAGUAAUGUUAAGUCAUUAGGUCUGACCCUCCUCCCCCAGCUCCUGACCCAGCCCCGCAGGCUGUGCCUGUUUCUCACACCUUCCAACAGCCUCGCAGGGAAGAAGCCACCUCCAGCUCUGCUUGCUCUGAACUUUCACUCCGAUUAGACCUCUCCCACCAGCACCCUCCAUCCCUCCACCCAGCCACUCCCUGCUCGUCUCCACAAUCCUUUCUUGUGACCCACACCAUCACCAGCAGUUCACACCCACAGUUAACAGGCAUCAAACCUUAAAGAAUCGGCUGUGGCAGUUUUUGGUUGGUUUGGUUUUGUUUUGCGUCCUCAUUGCGUGAGCAAGUGGCAGCGCUUUGCCAAACACUCAUGAAGCCCAUCAAAGAGCAGCAGCAGCCAGUACCACUGCACAUAUAUAUAUAGAUAUAUAAAUAUGAUAUAAAUAUUUAUUUUUUGUAGCCGGGUCCUUGGUGCAGUAUUUAUAUUCCACGAUCCUCCUUUAAAAAUAAUAAUAAAAGGACAAAAAAGCAAAAAGUCAUGUGAUGCUGUUCAUUUAAAACGCAGAGCCAAAGCCCCCUGAGCAGUAGUCGCCAUGACUACUGGGUGUGUGAAAACACCCCCCUCUUCCUUAACUUUCCUGUGGCUUAGGGUGAGAGGCUGGGAGUCACAGGGUGGCAGCAGGAGAACCUUCCUAAGUCCGAGUGAGUGGUCUGCUCUCGCCAUCUGGAAAUGAGCCACUUGGGCGUCUGAAGCUUUGGGCAGAGAGACAAGCGCCCUGUCAGGACCCCUGGAGCUACACAGAGCGCCCAAAGGGCUUCUCUCGUUUUAUCACCACAACCGAACCAGUAGUGUGUUAUCGGGGGCAUGGAGCCCGACGCUGCCCUAAACAACACGUGACCUUUAGAAAAGUAAAUCACUAUUAGCCAAAAGGAAACAAAAAUAAACACGGCUUUUUUUUUUUUUUUUUUUUUUUUUUUAACUACACAAGGGAGGCCUAUCUUGCCGUGUGUCUGUGUUUGACUUUCUAGUUCUUGAGUUCUGGAAGGGGUCUGGGAACUGGGACCCUGGAGCUUUUGGGAAGGAGAAGGGAACCAGAGCCUCCCAAUUCUAAGUAGUACUGGAGAGAACAGCCAGGUCCUGACCCCACCAGGUCCCUGCUUGCUGACUGCAUGUGGCUGGGCCCCUUUAGGCUGGGCCCCUCCCUCACCGGUCCCAUCCAGCAGAGCCUUCCCCCACCCCCACCCCCCCAAGAGAUGACUUCAACCAACCCAGCUGGUCUGGCCUUACUUCUGCCUUGUUCAUGGAUAUGAUUUAAGAAAGAAAGAAAGAAAAAACUAUCCUCCAUCCCCCAAGGCUGGUGCAAGCACGCUGCCCAGCUUCUGCUCCACUAGCUCGCACUGGGCCCUGCCUUCCAUCCACUCCCAUUAUCAGACUGGCAGACUGAGGCUAUCCCCUUCACAUUUGUGCGGGGGAGGGGACAUCCCUCUCCAGGCCGUGUCUCCUGGUCUGGGAACACUCAGGAGGAUCCUGAAGUGCCCGCUCUAGUCCACUCUAGUAGCUGAACUGGAGAGAGUCGGCUGGUAGGUCAGUCCCUGUCCUUGUCCCUCAGCCCCAGCCUCCAAGCCUUCUAUGGAGGUGAAAUUGCCAUGGGUCAGGACUUGGUGACCUGAGUCCUGGGCAUCUUCUGUAACGAUGCCUCUUUCUUUUCUCAGAUGUUGCCCAAAGUUUUGCAAAAAGCUUCGUUCAUUUUCAGGUACUUCCCCACCCCCUAAAGAAUUAGCUGCCGUCAGUCAGCCGGGGGGGUCAGGAGAAGAGGAAGUCUGGGUUCAGAGGUCAAGACUUGCACCCUGGCCUGUGCUUCUUGCCUCUUCUCGAGACUGCCAAGAUUUCCUCUAUUAAAACACUCCUGAGACACCCCUGCCCCUGACCCCACUGCUGUUUGCUGUACAUAGAGGCUAAGUGGGGUGAAGUGGGCAGGUGUGCACAUGUAUGUGUGUGUGUGUGUGAAGAAUGUACAUAGGUUAAGGGGAGCGUGGCCCAGUGGUUCCAGAAGAGGGACAGAACUGUGUUCCAUCCCUAGCUUGACCACUGGCUCGCUGUGUGGCCUUGGGCAAGUCACUUAACCUCUCUGUGCCUCAGUUUCCCCAUCUGUAAAAUGGGGAUAAUAAUACUGACCUACCUCACAGGGGUGUUGUGAGGCUUUAACUAGAUGUUUUGUAAAGCGUUCUGAGAUACAGAGACAAAGGCGCCAGGGAAGGUCAAAGUAUUCUUUGGACUUGAGGAAGAGGAUCUAGUACCAUAAACGCUGCUAUUCUGAGAGCCAUUUUAAACUGCACUGCUCCACCCCCCCGCUUCUCAUCACCAGGACAGCAGGUGGAGAAAUGUCUUUCCUUGCACUUGCUUCUGGGGUUUGUGAUUCUUCUGAUUUCCCCUCGCUGUACCUCCUUCCUUACCCCUCCACUCGUUCCCCGUUCUGUUUAUGCGGAAAUGGCAGAAACGCUUGAGAAAUGAGAAAGUAAACGUGGAUUGGAAGUUUAUAGUCUGGAUUUUCAAUUUUACUUUGUACUGUACAUCUUUUUACUUUAGAAUUUGCAAUAAAGGGUUACGUCAA